AUGACUUCUGUCAAAGAGCAGGAAGCCAUCAGGAAGCUCAUGGUUUUCUUGCAGGAAUGGGAUAGUGCCCACAACGUUGCUCGAAGCCGCAUCCUGAAUGACUUCAUUAAAAGCAACGAUGGCAACACAGAACCAGAGCUGGAGCUGGAGUUCUCCCAGGGAGCCAGCUUGUUUCUGGCUCGCCUAACAGCAUGGCUCAGGAUGACCUACAUGUACAGCACGUGCCUCGACAAGCUGCUCAAGUCCAUUGGCAUCUUCCUAUCUGCUGCAAGUGGGCGUAGAUACCUUAUUGAAUUUCUGGAGAUCGGAGGUGUCUUGAUUCUCCUGGAAAUACUAGGGCUGAACCACCUGAAAGAAGAGGACAAAAGGGAGGCUGUAAAGCUGCUGCAGCUCGUCGCAAACGCUGGCAGGAAGUAUAAGGAGCUCAUUUGUGAAAGCUACGGGGUGCGAUCCCUCGCCGAGUUCUUGGCCGCUUCCAACUCAGCAGAGGCUCAAGAAGACGUGCAGGUUCUGCUGGACUCUUUGGGCCACGGCAAUCCCAAGUACCAGAACCAAGUGUACAAAGGCCUCGUUGCCGUGCUGCCGUGCGCAUCCGCCCGAGCCCAGCAGCUGGCUCUGCAGACGCUCGUGGUCCUGCAGGACGUGGUGGGAGAGGCGCCCUCCAUCAUUGUGGAGCCCGUGCUGGGCGUGCUGUGCUCAGUGCACCUGGAGGUCCAGUAUGAAGCCCUCAUGGCCCGCGGGCUCCGGCCGGCCCUGCUGAAGGGCCUGGUUGCCUUACUGACCCCCCCCAGGGAGAACGCCACUACCUUCUGCCGCCGGACCGCCCGAGACCCAGCCACGCUUUGCCUGAGGGAGCCCGCAUUGGUCUAUAUUCAGCAGGCAGCUGCUGCAAAAGCCAUCGGUGUAUUAGCCAAGGAGUCAGCAGGAGUGGCUGAAGAACUGAUCGAGAUGAAAGUGGUACAUGGCCUGAUGGUUGCUGUGGGGAACCUGGAUCACGUGGCCAGCCAGAGACAUGCCAGCAUCUCCCUGGAGUAUUUUGUCCACACAUUUCCUUUUGUGGAGGAGUGCGUAAAGGCGACACUAGGACACACACUGUUCCGGCGCUUUAUGGAUAGUCCUGAGACCUGGUACACAAAAAUGGAUCCAGUCCAGGCUGAAGAACUGGCCUCCAAUAUGGUAGACAUCUCCAGAGACAUGGCAAGGAUGCAGUCCACAGAAGAGACAAACCCUGGAGCGAGCUGA